GAUAUGUCAAUUGAAUGAUAUUACAAAAACAAUAUGAGCUCUCUGUUUUCUGACUUCUGUCGCGUAAUUGGUAUCUCAAAUGCAUCUCGCUUACUGCAGCAGACUGAUUCGUAUUCUUUUCUGAACAAGUUCUAUAUUCCCGCUUUCUACCAGGCUAUUCCGUACAACAACAUCGAAGCUUUCAAUCCUGACUCGAGGUCGAAUUUCUACAAGGGAUGGAGUGGGUUUUGCAAUGGGUCAAACACUUUCGCCGAAAAAAAAGAUGACGUCAUCAAUUUGUUCAUGCAGAAAAGAGGCGGAGUUUGCUUCCACCGAUGUGCGUUUUCUUCUCUGGCGUUGAAAGACGAUGGCAUUGACAACUACUUGGGAGGCGCAAUUAUAAGAAAAGCUCCAGUUACUCCUCAUAGUUUGCUGUUUUUGUCCGGUUUGAAGGGGCCUGAUUCUCUGCACAUGAUGGAAUUGGGUAAUCGGAUUGCACCUGUGUUUAACUUGGUCGACAUGGACAUUGAUAAAGAGGGACAACUAGACGGCAGUCCAAUCACCGUAUCAAAAAUAGUUAAAACUGAUCAAAAUCAAGAACCAGAAAAACUGGAAUUCCAGCAACUCAGUCGCAAAAAACGGGAGCCAGAUGCACUCUUCAGAUACUAUUUUGACUUUGACACUCGAAGACAUGAAACACUUUCAGAAGACACAUCUGAAUUGCACAUAGACUGCUCAGAAUCAGAUAAAACUCCCUGCAAAGAUUUCGAUGAUAGGUUUCAGAAAGAAACAAUUGGUCGGAUUUGGAUGAUAGUCGGCAUGGAUCCCUCGGGAUGCUUUGUUGAGUACAUGAAUAAUGCUUACAGAAGGUACCAAAAAGACGGCCAACUGGCUACUCAAAAGUUCUUUAUGAACAAAAAAUCCAUGUUGGCGCAAACUCUGAAAGAUUUUCCUCAAUUUGAAGAAAGAUUAAUCUCGCGUUGCUUAGAUGCGGCUAUUACAUUAGACCGAACAAAGUCGCCAAAUUCUUCUAUGUGGCCGAAACUAUCAUAAAUUUGACAUAGUUUAGUUUCAAAGCGUUGCUCGAAGAAUAUUGAAGUUUUGAGAAAUUAAUCAGCAUAAACUGUAGUGAUCACCUUUAAAGAUUCUAUACUACAAAAUUCUAUACUACAGAUUCUAUACUACAAAGGUAUAUUGGUUGCUAAUGUUACUAAAUUGGU